UAAUAAUGUAUGCUAAUAAGAAAUAAAAUGGUGAUGAGUUGGGAAGCAAACAAGAGGUAAUAUUGAUAUGAGAGCUCCUUUUCUCCCCCUUUAAAGAGAGCUAGCUGAUAUGAGGAAGAGAGAGAAAUUAAAGAGGUAAAAAAAGAAAAGAGAAGAAAGGAAGAGAAAGAAAGAAAGAAAAGAAUGGUAUCGAGGGAGCAGAAAAGAGCUGCAGUACUGCAUGAGAAGUUGCAACUUCUUCGAUCAAUCACUAAAUCUCAUGCUAUUAGUGAAAGCUCAAUCAUAUUAGAUGCGUCAAAGUAUAUUCAAGAAUUGAAACACAAAGUGGAAAGGCUGAAUCAAGAUAUAACUACCACUACGUCUCAAAGUAAUUCAAACAACAAGACUUCAUCGCCCCAAAUUGAAGUGGAAACCCUGGAAAAAGGUUUCUUGGUGAAUGUAUAUUCAGAAAGAAGUUGCCCUGGCUUACUUGUUGCCAUAUUAGAAGUUAUUGAGGACCUUGGCCUUAACGUGCUCGAAGCUAGGGUUUCUUGCACUGAUACCUUUCGAUUACAAGCAUUUGGAGGAGAGAAUGAAGAAGCCAUCAUUAAUGCCCAAGUGGUGACACAGGCAGUUUUUGAAGCUAUUAAGAGCUGGAGUGAAAGCAACGAGCAAGGCUAAUUAAUCAAUCAAUGCAGUUUAAUUAGCUAUCAUACGUACAAUGAUCUCUCUCUCGUUUUUCUCUUUAAUUUUAACUUUCACCUCAUCUUCCUAGCUAGCUAUGAUAGUUAUAUUAAUCGAUAAGGAAUUAUUGGCUAGCCAUUAAUUCAUCAAUAUUAUAGUAAUGAUCAAAGAUCAUUCAUUUUGCCCAGUCAAAUGACUCUCCAGGGUUUUGUUUUCACGUAAGGGAAACAAUUUCGAAGAAAGAAAGCUACUCUUUAAUUGUUCUGUAUACUUUGAAGUUUAUCCAAAAGUUUGCUUCUCUGUGCUUAA